UACCAGUGUUGCUAACGGCACCGCGACAUCAUCGUCAUUGGUAACGACCAGGGCAGGGGGAGGAGGAGGAGGGGUGGGGUCGUCAAGACGAUACUGUCCCUGUUGCUACUGUGAACUAUUUGGAAACAAUGGGCCUCCUCCGGUGCCGACCAGUCACAACUUCACGAAGCACAGAGACAAGAUGAGGCAUAAGCUGGAGGGGAAGAGGAGAGAGAAGGAACUAAACAGACCCUAUAAUCCCCAACACAACUGCAGUGAGACUGACUCUCGGCCACUGGAUGAACAACUUGCCUUUAUUGAGGGAGACGAGGAGGGAGAGGGGGGCGGAGUCACGUCUGUCUCCAUGACUACCAACCACACCUCCAAGCCUGGGAAGAAAAAGAAAAAGACGAAAAAGAUUCAUGAAAGAAAAAUGUCUCUUCCAGUUGCUUCUUAAUUACAUCCCUUUUACGGUUCCCUAGCAACCGUCACUCCCGGCAACAACAGAGGAGGAAAGUGGUGGCCACACCCACAAGUCACAUGACGGGUUAUUGGGUGUGUCAGUGUGUGAGGAGAGAGAAGAUGACGACAGGUCGUCUGGCAAUAAAACUGGCCCAGGUAGCCACACCCACCAUGAUCUGCCGUCAGAGGAGUUGUCUGGUGACUAUGAUGAUAAACUGGAGCAAUUCAAAAAGAUCUGUUUUGCAGCACCUGCUGUGAACCGCAAGAGAAUUGCUGUCUCGCUUGACAUGAACGAUCUCAUGGCCAAAAUGAAAUAGACAUUACAUCAUCAUUACAUCAUUCUUGUACAAAAAACAGUGACACACACACAAUGUCUCCAACUGUUUUGAGAGUUGAAAUGUUGUGUAUUAUGAGAUAAUGGACACAAAAGUGCAUGAAACUAUACAACAACACAUUCUUCAACUAUAUCUCCACCCACUAUGAUGAUCUUGUCAGGUGAUGUACUGGCUACUAAACACCAGCUCCUACCACUAGUCAUAGAGCCAAUCUCCACCCACUGUCCAUCCACUAGCUGGUGAAUGGAGUUGACUGGUGACCCAACCUCGCCUGCCACCAAUGAGUACUAGCUGUCCACAGAGAGUGGCAGCUGUUGAGAAUGUCACUGGUAGAGGAGGGAGAGGUUUCCAGGAUAGGGUGAGAGGUGAUGUGAUUGGUUGAUCACUGGAUGGUAGGGCUGCAAGAGAACACGAGUAGCCAUUAGCAUCAGUUUCCUAUCACAUUCAACUGAUCACCACAUAUUGUGGCUGAAGGGAGGGGAGAGGUUGUGGUAAGUCUGUUAGUUGGUACCAUCUUCUGCUCUUCACUUGAAAUAGUUCAACUGUAGCAGUCCAACACCACCAACAGACCCCCCAAUCACAAUGAGGUAUUCGCCAUCAGAUGUAGUAACUACAGCAGUGUCGGAACGUGCAGUGUUCAUUGGAGGGUAUUUCUCAACCCAUUUCCUCUGUCGUAGUGUGUAUAGUUUGUUAGUACAAGAGAUCCAUCCCAUCCCCCCACAGCAGUUAGUUCCCUGUCAAUGAUGACUAGUCCAGAGUCCUGAUAUGGACAUGAAGGAAGUUCCUCCCAUUUCUCUGUACUACAUUCAUAUUGGUAGACUGAGUUGGAGCCACGAGGGGUGAAGUAUGCAAAUCGACCAUCAGUUGUUGCAGAUCCUCUCCUCAUUCCACAUGGUG